ACCGGAGUCCCACUGAACGCGUUGGAUGUCACACAGAUCUCGGCGCGGCAACUUGUUGGUUUUUCAUUCGAAUGUGUACGAUAAUUCCGUAUGAAUGUACAUACAAUAAUUUCUGGAGGACGGUACGAUAUUUCCCUGUGUAGAAUCUGGUAACCCUGGUUCGUCUUUUUGGUUUUUAACAGGUUUUAGUCCCUCUCUCGACACAUUGCAGCGCCGUGCUCUGUGUGACCCUCGACGCCGUGCUUUAAGAAUAUCUUAUUGUCAUUAUUGGUCGGUAAUCUCCAGACUGUCAAUGUUGUCAAUGUGUUUUGUACAUACAAUUAUGUUUUUCUAGUACUUGUUUUUCAAUGAUGCAAGUAAACGCGUGAUCCACUAAGCACCUACUGGAUGUUGAUGAAAAUACAAUGGUCAAAUUGUCUUUGUUGGAGAACAAUUGUUUACGUUUGAAUAAAGUUAUGUUUAGGCAUACAAGAUGAAUCAAAGUUUUGAUAAAUUGGAAGAUGAUUCUAUUCUGCAUGAGCUCCUUGAAUAUGUCAAUAGAAAACAAGAGCCCGAAGUAGUCAAAUACAAAAAUAAUACUGCGAUCUUGCCUACCACUGGGACGAUUCAGAAUGCUUUACGAUAUUUAAAUCAGAGAUGUGCGUUACCAGAAAGUAUAUCUCAGCAGAUUAGUAUAACUCUACCAUGGAAGUUUGCAGUUGGCGAUAAUGGGCGUCUGUUAGCUAUUUUGCAGGAAAAUAUCAUUGAGAUAAGAAAAUCAAAAGAUGAAUAUUCAUCAGUAAUUGGACGAGCAUCUGUGCCUAAGGAUGCUUUUCCACAAUGGCGAAAAAUUGUGUGGAGUCCAGAUGCAUCGUUCUUGGUGUUGGCUUCAAGUAAUGGUUACGUGUCAUUUUAUAAUUCACUGGGCAACAAUAUUUUUAAUAUAAGUCACAAAAAUUUGCCACAAAAUCCCAAUAUUCUAGAGGCUGGAGAUGCUGUAUGUUCCUUGAUUUUUGUGAAACCUGUGAUUAAAACGGAGAGAUGGGCCUAUGAAUUUAUUUUAGUUACAUACGGUGGCUUAUUAAAGUCUUACCAUGUGUCAGGAACAAGUGGAUUUAUUGAAAACUAUGAAUUUUCAUUUAGUAAUUUCUAUAGGAAUGGUGUUAAUGCUGUUGUCUAUGACGAAAAGCAUAAUUUAUUUUAUGUAGCUGGAAAUGGUAUUGCACAGAAAAAAAUUUCACCAGCCUGUGAAAAUGGUUUAACGUCAUGGCGUUACUUGAAUGAUUAUCCAUAUCUGAAAUUAUCAUGCAGUUCUGAAGAGGAGAGUACUACUAAAUCGAAGUUUUUAUUGUGGAAUCUGAUUCCAUCAAUACGACCACAAGCUGAGUCACUGAUGUUUAAUAUAAAAGUUUCUCCAAAUGCUGAAGUUUUGGCAUGUUUAAAUACAGAUUCCUCGAUUAUGCUUUGGAGUCUACCAAAUUUAAGACUCUUAAAGAAAUGGAGAUUACAUGACCAGCCAGACUAUAAUGUGUGUAAUCCAAUGAGGUAUACAAAAUAUAAAAAAUUUCCACCUGGUAUUUCAGAAUUUCAUCCAAUGGACAUUGGUUGGUGGUCAAAUAAUUCAUUAAUAAUCGCACGAUAUUCAGGAUCUGUAUCGGUUUGUUCCGUGAAAGAUUUAAGAAAUUUAUUAGGAACAACCCCAGAAUUUUUGGCAGGGCAGCCACAGAUAUCUGAAUUGGCACCUGGUCGAGGAUUUUUGAGUUUAGAUUGUGAAGCAUAUCUUACAAGUAAAAAGUGGAACAGGGAUCCUAACAGCGAGGGACAAGGCUCAGAAGCAUCAUCGGAUAGUGAAAAAGAUGACGAGCCAGAACCUAUUACUAUUUUAAAUUAUGCAUCAGGUUUGUUACAGAGUACUUUAUAUUCAAUAACUGAUAUUGAGAGAUUUCAACCGAAGCGGAAAAAGUCGAAGGUGCUAUAUAGAACUUACAGAGUAUCAGGUUUAAAAAGUACUACCCCCGAGGAAUUGUAUUCUCGAAAAAUAGACAUAGAGGAAUACGAAGAAGCAUUAGCUUUAGCAAAUACAUAUAAUCUGGAUACUGAUUUGGUUUAUCAAACGCAAUGGCGUAAAUCUGAAUUCUCAUUAAAUGCUAUUCAAGAACAUCUAAGUAAAGUUAGCAAGAGAUCUUGGGUUUUGAAUGAGUGCAUAACUCGAGUUCCUGACACGUUGGAAGCUGCAAGGGAGUUACUCAACUUUGGAUUAAAGGGAGCAAAUUUAAGCACACUCCUAGCGAUCGGUGUUAAAGAUAUUGGAAAAUUUAUCCCCGAAGAAGUAGAUGAUGAUUGGGAAGGGCUAAGUGGACAUGACUUAUCUUUAAGACAAAUCCAGAAAGAAAAUGAAAUUCUUGGAAAAAUCGAUCUGGAGAAAUUGACUGAAAGUCAGAAAGAUUUAAUUAAAUAUAGAAGGAAACUUCUUGACCUUCUGGAUAAAUUGCAAACUUACGAAAUCAUUUUGAAAUCUCCAGAAACUUAUGAUAAAAGUUUCUAUGAGGAAUUCCGGCAACUCACUGCUGUUGAAAACGCAGUCAGAUUUGCUAAAGAUAGCAAUUACGAAGGAGUUGAAGUUAUGUUCACGUACCACGGAGAAAAACUGAUGCCUCAUUGGUUAGCAAUUAUUAAUUUCUUCCCAGAGACAUUGAGUCCGUCCACUUAUGAAAAAUUAUUACCAGAAUGCGAUUCAGAAGGUGAACUAUUUUUAUUCGAUCAACGGGAAUUACGCCAAAAGGACUGGUCUGAGAAAGGUGCUCUUAACAAGAUUUUUGAACAGAUAAAUAGUGAUGGGUCACAGUUUAUUUAUGACUUGGAUCCUUCCUUGUGCAUAUACAGAAAUACGCAUUUUACACGGGAAUUGUUACAACGAUGGUACACAUCACGAGCUUAUCAAAUUGAGAGAAAUUGUUGUAUGGUGGACAAUGCUCUAGAGCUUGUCAGAAUUGGAAAGUCACGAAACAUUCCUGGUUUAGAAAAUUUGCUACUAGAUUUGGAGACACUAGAUGAUCUAGUUUACAAAAUACGUUUGGAGAAAAUGUCAUUAACACAGCUCGAAAAGUUAAGUGACUUGGAAAAGAUUACAUUAUUUAUGAGUACAUCCGAUGAAACAAAUUUUGUAGCAAACAUUAAAAAUAGCGUGCUGUCGUUUUUACGGAGAAAACACAAGUAUGGGGAUGGAAACUGUGAUAAGUAUUUGUUGGGAAAAUAUCUGAUUUCCUUAAGUAAAGAUAACUUGAAUCUGCCGUUAAAAUUCUUUGAAUAUCUAGAGCGAUUCCAAGAUCCCGAUGUUAUGGAGGCAAUAGAUGAUGCUGUUACGUUAGCUCUUGAUUGUUUGUACACGAGUACCGAUCUUGAUAUGUAUGAACAAGCAAGUGAAAUAUUACGAAUCGUUGAAACACAAUUUUUUGUGAAACCACCAAAUACUGAAUUUGAUCCAGUUGACGAGGCGGAAAAAGAACUCAGAUGCAUUGAAAUUCUCAGAAAUUAUAACGUAAAGGUAACAUUGAAUUAUGUUCGAGAAAAUAAGAAAGAUCCUGAAUCUGUCAAGAUGUUGCUUACUCAAAUGGCAAGGAGUUUAAACAAAAAAGUAACUCCUCCGGAUGAAAACUUUUGGGCCCAGUUAUUGAAUGACAUGUUGGAAAUUCAUGAAUUAGUUUUUUCGUGUUUGGAUAUCGAGAUAUGCUUCGAAAUAUGUGUUUCGGCACGUUUGGUGUCAGGCAUUAAAACAAAUAUUCAAAACUGUACAAAUUUAAUCGAGACCAAGAAAAAUGAACAAUCGUUACUGAAGGUUACUUAUGAAAGGGCAGUACAUUUAAUAUUAGAUGCAAGCAGGGAAUAUUUUAAUAGUUCGAAAAGUCUUACCGAUUCAAAUAUGGAAUUAGCUAAAGCAUGUCUGCAUCUUAUCACCGAUGAUAACGUUCAAGUUACGGAAGAAUAUGAACUAAUUAGUUCGUUACAAAUUUUAAAGGAAUUUAAUGUAGAUAUAUUACCUCUUCAAGUGAGAUUGUGUCAAGAUAGAUUAAAAUUAAUAGAAAGUUGUUUGAACAGUAGUACAGACGGUUAUAAAAGUAGACAUCGAUUAAUAACUCUUGCAAAUUAUCUAAGAAUUGACAAAAAUAACACAUGGUCUCGACAAGGGAAAGUUUUAGAAUUGAUAGCUCAAAAGUCAUUUCAGGUGAAAGAUUACAUCACUUGUGCCUCGACAUGCCAACUGCUAAUGGAUGCUAAUUUCUUUCCUGCUUGGAAAACUGUCCUCAGUCUAGCAUAUUGUGAGGAGUAUGAGGAAUUGAAAUUUCGACAAAAAUGUAUGUGUUUUGUAAUGAGUAGUGGUCCGAACGAAAUACUGGAGGACAUAUUGAAACAGUGGCACUUGAUUGAAAUUCAAAUUCUAAGCGCAAGUUUACAGGAUUGGAUGCCUUCUUCCGAGGGUGAAAGUUUUGAUAACGAAACUGAGAGUGAUGAUGAAUUCAUUGAUGCUGUGACCACGCCACAAAUUGAAGUAAAAGAAUUUGCUCCUACAGUACUAGAAACCUCUACGGGUAUAGUAAAAAAUUCAGCGCAACGUGUAAAAGAAUCAACAUUCGGUGUAAUAAAGAACGUAAGCAACAGACAAUUUUGGAAAUCAGCAAUACGAUCAUACUUAACAGAAAGCACGAAUACCUAUAACGACAGUGAGGAUGACAUUCCUAUAAUGGAAACAGAAAAACUGCAGAGUUUUCCAGCUUUUUAUGAAUCUUUACACAAGUGUUGUGCAGUCAGUAAUUUAGAUGUUCAGUAUACAAAAUAUUCGAUGCAGGAUAUAAAUAGCACUAAACUAAAAUUAUGUCAGAUACUACUGAGAAUUACUGCACUGACCGAAACUGCAAGUUACGGUUCAGAAACUAGUGACAUCAAUCACUUAUUGCUACAGUGUGCGCAGUACACAAUACAAGAGGAUUGUCUGCUUGGAAUGUCAUACUUAUUUAGUGUAUGUAAUGAUCGUAUAUCCUCGGUACAGACAAUUUUCAACAGUUUACCUCAAACUAAUUUGUACUUCCAACUUGCUGCCUACUUUUACUCUUUGGAGUUGUACAGAAAACUGCACCCAGAUUGUAACAAUAUUUAUUUAUACGAUCCUAAUGAAUUAAUUAACGCAAUGAUGGAAGUAUCUGUGACAUCCAGUGAACGUCAAAUUCAAGAAGCUUUAAUUUAUUGGAAGGCGCAAAUACAUAAUUUCAGCCAUUCAGAAACUGAUAAUAUUCAAUCUCAACACGUGUCUAAUAUGGAGAUAAUGCAAGAGAAUCCUGAGAAUCAAAGGACAAAUUUAAAUGAAGAUGGAGUGGUUGUUAUCAACAACGGAAUUAGUGAUGCAGCUGAAGUGGUGGAUGACAAUAAAGUAUCGAUAAGUUUAGAUCAUUCUAAAUCUGAAGAACUCUUGACGAUUUCUAAACAAAACGAAGAUGAUUGGGGUGAUGAUUGGGGUGAUUUCUCGGACCAUAGUGAGAACGAAAAUGAGCAAGAAGUAAAACACUUUGAACAAAGUAACCUUUCUCUUAAAGAGAACUAUUCAUUAAAACUAAACGGUCUUAGUGAAGAAGAACGUUUUGAAACAUUUCAGAAAUUGUUCAGUGAAAUGAAAACAAAAGAGCAAUAUAUAGAUAUCAAAAAGAUAUUAUUUCAAUGGCCUAAGUUUUCUGAUCCAAAAUUUACACUCCUUGAAAACCAUCCGAUAUUAAGACUGGCAAAUGCAAUGCCAACGUACAUUACAAAACAGAACACGUCAAACUAUGAACUGCAAAUUUUACAGGAAUAUAAAGAUCUUUUAUCAGGACAAUCUAUCCCAAGAGAAGUAUUCGAAGAAUUUUUGAAGAAAGGAGAGGAUUAUCGUCCAGCAGAGCAUAAUCUUUAUUUAAAAUUAUGCCGCGAUGAGUCUUACUUUCAUGAGGAAGCAGUUAAUAUCAUUAAAGAAAAGCACCAAUCACUGAAAUUGCUACCACCAAUAUUGAGGGAGUUGUUUAUGAAAAAUAUGACGGUAUUAUUUGGCCCAAAUCAUCCAGUGUAUAAUCAAAUCCUUGAAGAAGUUCUCGUAGACCAGGAUUUAACAGAAAUUGAGCCCAAUAUCAGAUUAUUAAUUUCCAAGUUAAUGGAGCAAAAAAAUGUUCCAUAUGCUGCAGCAUUAUUAGUUCACUUGGAAGGCAUUCCGUCAUCAUUAGCAACAUAUGACAAUUGUCUACAAUUAUUAUUAAAGAAAUGAUUGGAUAUUUAUGGAAUGUUUGUUUUUACAGUUUGUUGUAUUUAUUCAAGUAAAGAGGUGGUCAUCUAUGUUCAUACUUAACAUGAAGAUAUGUACCAAACAGAAAAAUAUGUAAAAAUUUAUAUGAGAUACAAUGUAAAGGUUUAGUGGUAACAAAAAUUGCAAUUUUCUCUGCCA